CAAAUAAUGAAUGUUGUGUUUUGCAGAAUGUCGAAGAAUGUGUCGAGCAGGAGCAGUCACAGAUCUUCGAUCCUUAAGGAUGUCCCAGAGAGGAAGCCUCUGGAAACCAUCGAAAGCAACCCAAGUCAGCGACGAUCUCUGAAGCGAGUUUCCUUCGCUGACACCAACACUAUCAAAGAGUUCCUGGCAUCGAUGGAGGCAGGAACAGUGUGGAACAACACAUACGAGACGCCAGCAUCAUCAGACACCUCCAGCUCAAUAGAAAUUAGCACAGUUGACAAAUCCAUGCGAUAUGAUGAUGUUGACGAUAAUGGGAAUAAGAGAGAGUCAUCGCUACACAUUAUGGGCCAGGCAGGGAUGUGCGUGCAAAAUGCUGACCACAGUACUAACACCGAAGAAUUUGUCAAGUCAUCUCUGAGUUGUGGUUUCCAAACAGCAGCAUUAGCAGCUAAUAUACUUCCCGAUGAUGAUGAAGCAGAAGAUUUUGUUUCUCAGUUCUUGAAUAUCAAAACUCGAACAGAUGCAUCAGUUUGUGAGUUGCAGUCAACAUCAGCUUCAGAUGCAAGAGAUGAUGCAGACACAUCUGACUCCAGUGAUUUUCUUGCUCAGUUCCUGGGCAUAACUCCCUCAUUCUCUAGUAGAGGUAACAUACACGAAAUAAAUACUAAGAAGACGGGUAGAGAGGAUUGUUUAACCCAAGAUAAUUUGACCCAGAAGUUCAGCACAGACAUGGAGAUGACCUGUACAAGUGAUGUGGCAAAGGUAAUCCAUGAUGGACAGACCCAGAAGUUCAGCACAGACAUGGAGACGACCUGUACAACAACUGAUGUGGUGAAGGUAAUCCAAGGUGAACAGACCCAGAAGUUCAGCACAGACAUGGAGACGACCUGUACAACAAGUGAUGUGGUGAAGCUAAUCCAAGGUGAACAGACCCAGAAGUUCAGCACAGACAUGGAGACAACCUGUACAACAACUGAUGUGGUGAAGGUAAUCCAAGGUGAACAGACCCAGAAGUUCAGCACAGACAUGGAGACGACCUGUACAACAAGUGAUGUGGUGAAGGUAAUCCAAGGUGAACAGACCCAGAAGUUCAGCACAGACAUGGAGAUGACCUGUACAACUAUUGAUGUGGUGAAGGUAAUCCAAGGUGAACAGACCCAGAAGUUCAGCACAGACAUGGAGACGACCUGUACAACAAGUGAUGUGGUGAAGGUAAUCCAAGGUGAACAGACCCAGAAGUUCAGCACAGACAUGGAGACGACCUGUACAACAAGUGAUGUGGUGAAGCUAAUCCAAGGUGAACAGACCCAGAAGUUCAGCACAGACAUGGAGACGACCUGUACAACAAUUGAUGUGGUGAAGGUAAUCCAAGGUGAACAGACCCAGAAGUUCAGCACAGACAUGGAGACGACCUGUACAACAAGUGAUGUGGUGAAGGUAAUCCAAGGUGAACAGACCCAGAAGUUCAGCACAGACAUGGAGAUGACCUGUACAACAAGUGAUGUGGUGAAGGUAAUCCAGGGUGAACAGACCCAGAUGACCAACACAGACAUGGAGGUGACAUUUCCAGCAAGUGAGGUGACAAAAGUACACGAAAAUAACCCAACUUGGAAGAUUGGGACAGGCAGAGACAUGACCUUUGGAACAGGUGAGGUGUCAAAGGUAAUUCAGAAGGAUGUGACACAGACCAUCACCACAGACAUGGAGCAGACCUAUGCAGUAGGCAAGCUAGGAAAGUUAAUCCAAGAUGAACAGACUUGGAUGGCUGAUACAGACAUGGAGAUGACCUAUCCAGCAAGGGAAGUGGCAGAGGUGAUCCAAAAUUAUCCUAUUCAGAUCAGAACACAGAGAGAGAUGCCUUGUACAGCAAGCACUGUGACAAGGCUAACCCAAGAUGAACAGACUCGGAUGAUUGAUACAGACAUUGAGAUGACUUACCCAGCAAGAGUGGCAGAGGUGAUCCAAAAUGAUCCAACCCAGAUUGGAGCAGACAUGGAACUGACUUGUGGAAUGAGCCAGCUAAAUAAAACUGGAAAUGAACUGUUGCAGACUGGUAUGAACAUUGAACCUACUUUUUCAAUUAGUCAAGUACCUCAGAUUGGCCAGCCUAAUCUGACCAACAUGAUAAGUAUAAAUACAGAAAAGACUCAUCCAGUUAGUCAGAUAGAGUUAUCCCAAAGUAAACUAGCACAGAUCAGCACAAACAUUACAAUGGCUUCCGCAGAGACUCGCAUAGCAAAGACAGCACAGGAUGACCUGUCCCAUAAGCAUAGUACAGUUAUAAAGGCUCCUGGUGCAGCAAAUCCCGAUGGUAAGCUUGAAGAUGACCCUAUCCAAAGAAUGACAAAAAUGGAGUCUAGUUCUCAGCGUAAGAACUCGAUCAUUGCAUCUUUGCUGGAGAAGAAGGAAUUGUUUCUCCCAAGUUCCACUUAUGACAUGUCUGGGUGUUCUCCCCAGACUGUUAUUUUGGAUUCAGAUAGGUGUAGAAGUACUGCAAAUGAUGACUGUGUACAAAAUGCAGGUGGUGAGGCUGCUGCUGUCACCACUUUGAGUCUCUUGAGCUCUCUCUACACUAACAAAAGUUCUGAAAAUGAGAUCAUACAGCCUUGCCGUAUUGAAGAUGCACAUGAGAUGCACGAACAUGAUGUUAGUCACUCCGAGCAUGAUGUUAAUCAGGUGAAGGAUUCUGGAGAAGUAUCUUGCACUUCAUUGCAUGUAAAUCUGCAAACUCCUGUGCAUCCUGCAUCUCCCUCUUACAGUAACCUAGCCUCUCCAUCCCAUACUGCUAAUAGCUCAUCCUCCCUAUCCCACACUGCUAAAAAUCUAUCCCCUCCAUCCUGCACUGCUAAAAAUACAUCCUCUCCAACCUCCACUGCUAAAAGUACAUCCUCUCCAACCCCCACUGCUAAAAAAACAUCCUCUCCAUCCCCCACUGCCCUUAACCCCUCUCAGAUUUGUCCCUCACUGGACAGUAAUGGCUGUGAGAGAACGGUUUUGGCUGAUAAAGAAAACAGUGAAGAAAUGUUGGAUGAUAUUAACCUUUCACUUGUCAGCAUGGCAGACAACAGUACUGACAGCUGUUCUUCAGUCAGUGAUGUAAACAGUCAUCCCUUGCUUUCAUCUGUGCCAAGCGGAAAGGCAUCAGAGUCCAAGUCCCAAGGAACACGAGGCAAUAGAAUCGACAACCAUAGGUCAUUAGUUGCCGAAGGUGAUAUUGAAAUGGAUCCACUGACAACAUCCAUCAUAAAACUAGCCAGCAUGAUGCAGAUCAGUCAGUCUUGUUCACUCAUGCUGUUGAAAGAUACACCGGCAAUUGAGAGUGUUGAUAGUUUGGUGAAGAGUCGUUCUUUUACAGCCUUGAACAUGACUCCUAUAUCACUCAAUCGGUCAAAGGAUUGUCAUAAGGAGCUGUACGUGGUAGGCUCAUCCUCACAGGCUGAACCAGGAGAAGGAUCACACAUAUCCAUCUCUAACUUGGCAGUAUCAUUUACUGAUGAAAAACAGACGUCAGGUCUAUUGAGUGAUUUGCACACAUCCAUCCCUGCUGACCAAAUUGCAGCAUGCAUCCAAGAACAACCGAAUCAUGCUGAGAAGAAUAAAAUGGAAUCUGCAUCCUAUCUUUCACCAGUUGAGAUUACAGAGCAAGAGAAUGAGAUUUCAACGAGCAUGAUGGCACUCAACAUUGUACAGCAGAAGUGUGAUAGUGGAUGUUGUCUCACCUCUGGCUCUAUCUUCAACCCACCUAGUGGACGUUCAUGGAUUGUACAGGAGGCAACAGAGAGAGAGAUACGUCUGCAGUUAAAAUACAGUCCUCUGGAGCUCAUUUUAAAAGGAAUUCCAUCUGGCAGCCACUGGACCAUCACUAGUGCCAGCUGGCACCCACAGCCUUCAGAGGUUGAAAACACGUACGGGAAGCUGAUUUUGAAUACCCUAGGCUGCCGUGUAGGCGCAGCCAUGAUUGAAUUGUGUGGCUUGACCUUGUGUGGGAUGGGUGAUGCCCUUGUCAAAGUUUUCAACGCCAACCAAGACAUCAUCAAGUUGAUGGUGGAACUGCAGGUGCUGUCUGCAUCAUACCUGACCACCUUUACCCCAGACAGUGUGAUGGUGACACAUUUCAGUCAGAAAGCCCACGUUAGUCUGGACGUGAUGGUCCGCCUGGAGCCACCACAACCCACCCCUGACAAGCUUUACACACUUCACCCAUCAGCCUCUAUUACAAUAGGCAACCUCAGGCUCCAGACCGUGGAAGAAGUAAUGGCUGGGGUUGGUCCAGGACCACAACAGCUGUUAAGGAUGAUGCAUGCAGUCAACUCCCUAGUGCAGAGUCUGCCAUGCAGAUUUUAACACCUUCCACGUCCUUCCCUAUGUCCUCAAAUUUCUCCUGGCCAAUACAUCACAUCUACAUUCAAGCAACUGUCCUCGACACACAAGUCUUUUCCUCCUGGAAUAUAGUAUUUUCAUCUCUAAAACCAGAACAGUUUUUUUUUUUCUUUCUUUCUUUCUUUCUCCAUCCCAAUUUCUUAUGGAUGAACAUUACUGUUUUCUUCAUACUAUGUCCCAAAUUUGUGCUUGGUAUUUUCAUCUCUAAAACCAGAACAGAGUUUUUUUUUUCUUUCUUUCUUUUUUUCUCCAUCCCAAUUUCUUAUGGAUGAACAUUACUGUUUUCUUCAUACUAUGUCCCAAAUUUGUGCUUGGUACUUAUUUUUGACACCAAAAAUAAAAAUGGAAAAAAAAUUUGUCACCCAAAUUAGGCAGCAAAGGUCUGUUUUCCUUGCUCAGUUUUAGUAAAAAAGGUUUAUUAUUUUUUUGUUUUAUUAUUAUCACACUGGCCGAUUCCCACCAAGGCAGGGUGACCCGAAAGAGAAAAACUUUCACCAUCAUUCACUCCAUCACUGUCUUGCCAGAAGGGUGCUUUACACUACAGUUUUUAAACUGGAACCUAAAAACUGCAACAUUAAAGGAAUCCUUACUGAAAUUUUGUUAGUUAUCCAAGGUCAAUAAAGAAUAACUGGAGUUGCAAAAGAAUGUUU